AAUUUAUACAUAUAUAUUUUCAUGUGCAAUUAAAACCAAAACGCUCUUACACCUCUCCGAUUCAUUCAAUCAUGGGCUCCGACGAUGAAGAUCAUCAUCAUCUCCGGAAGUUCGGAACCCGCCACAAGAUUAUGGUCUCUGCUAUUUUCAGUCUUUUCAUCGUCGUUAUUGUCAUUCUUUUCCUCCAUUUUUACCUCCGAUAUCUCCAAAGGCGCCGAAGACAGUCCAGAUUAAUCAGUCUCGAACAGCAGAUUUCACGAGCCGAACGCCAAAUUCACACCGCAUCGGCUACGGCGGCGAUGCCGCCUAAGGCGGGGCUAGACCCUGUUCUUAUAGCCAGAGUUCUGCCGGAAUCAAUCUUCAUGCAAGCUGAUCAUCGGGGCGAAGUCGUAGAGUGCUCGAUUUGCUUGAGCAACAUCGAAGAGAAAGCCACAGUUAGGAUUCUCCCAAAUUGCAAGCAUAUAUUCCACGUGGAGUGUAUCGAUAUGUGGCUUUUUUCAAAUACAACCUGCCCUGUCUGCCGGACGGCGGUGGAGCCAAUAGUUAUAGCGGCUACAGAGCAUGGGGAGGUUCCGACGGCUCCGCCGUUGGUGGAGGAGCACUCGGGGUCUAGGUUUAGUUCGUUUAGAAGGACACUGAGCAGAGAGCGGUCUCAGACAGUUCAUGCGACGGCUCCGCCGUUGACGGAGGAGCAACAGAGCUCUCGACUGAGCUCUUUUAGAAGAAUGAUGAGUAGAGACAGAGAGAGAUCGUUUAGGGUUCACAGUUGUGGAGAAGCAUCAGUUCGAUCUGGAGACUUAGAGAGGCAAUGAUUUUAAUUUUUCUAUCUACUUUUCUUCAAUUGCUUUCUAAUUUAUCUGCCGUGUGUACAUAUAAAUUUUAUCAAAAAUCAUCAGUGGCUCUGUUUUUUGUUUUUGGUUAUUUCAAUAUGGUUUUGGAGAUUUAAAUAAUUAUAUAACAUAGGUUUGAUCAUUACAAACAAUUUCAAUA